UGUCUCACCGUGCGCAUCUGUUGUUUGUAUGUAUGUAUUAUCGUGUGUGUGUGUGCGUCUGUGUGUGUGUGUGUGUGUGUGUGUACCCGUGCCUUGGACACACAGCUCCGGGUUAAGCUAGCUCGUUUUUACGGAAGUAAACAUCCCUGAGCCGUGGGAGAGGAGCCGCUCGGGCGGCCGGACCGCAGUCCUGGUGGGGGAGAAGCCAGCGAACGCGCCCUUGUUCCUAAUGGGAACUGAGGACAUUGGAAUCAUUGGGGCUGCUCUUAGAGAGAGGCAAGGCUGGCAGAGACGCGGAGGGUUUUUAGGCGACGCACGGCUCGGUGUGUCGCCUCGGCGGAGCGCUGGGACCGGGGGGCCGGUUGUGGGUCCCACUGCCGGGGGAAGUACCGCAACAAAAGGAGAGGAAGCCGAGCCGGGCGAGCGAGCGCCGGCUCGUCGUGUGAUAGUAGGCUUUCCGUGCGAGUGAAGUGUCUGAGAGGCCGUCCGAAAAAGAAGAGGAAGAGGGGGGGGAAACAGCCCAAAGGAAAUGCCAGUCGCUGCCGCAGCUCAACCCGCGACACAGGAGCCUUGCGUGUUUUCCCAGCUGCCCGCCGCCCCGGAUUCCGGCGUCCCGAAGCGGGCGGACGCGUGUGAGGAGCCGGCGCCGCGCACCCAGGAGGGAGGACGAGCGGCCGGGAGUCACACGCACAGCAGCAGCGGCAGGAUUUUCCUCACGGCCGCGCCGUCCCCUCCUUCGCACUCCCCUCCUACGUCCUCCCCCGUGGCCACCUCCUGUCCCCACCGGCAGCACAGCCAAGGUCCCCAUCCGCCGGUCAUGGAGCCCCCCAGGACUCGGUCGCGCUCGCGCUCCGGAUUCUACCAGUACGGCGCCGUAAACAGCUCGGGAAGCGGCCACGGCAGCGGGGGCUUCGGCGUCCCCCAGCAACAAAACUCUCACGGCGGGUGCCUGCCUCUGGGAGCGCACAGCCCGGCUUCGGAGAACCAGCGCAGCCCGGGCCACAGCCUCCCCGUGGGCGCGUCCAGACACCCGGCUCCCGGAGGCGUCCGCAACGCCGGCGGCGCAGGGGGAGUCGCAGGCGCCUUCCACUGCCUCUCGGACCAUGCGUACAGCGAGGAGAGCGACAAGAGUGAAGGCUGCCCUAGUCCCAAGCGCCAGCGCCUCUCACAGCAGUCUGUGCUGGAGUUGGCAUCGGCUCCACCCUCCACGCCACCGCCCAUGCGUCCAUGGGAGAUGCCGGCCACUCGCCGCUCCCACCCGCUGUACCCCCCGGAGCGCUGCCGUCGCAGCCCUCCAGUGAGGCGCCAACGUGUCCGGCGAGAACGCCUGGCCCGCCCUACACACCACGUGGCCCCUGCGGGUGGACAGGACGAGAACCUGCACCACCCACACCGUCCUACACCUGCUCACCAGAGCUACUCCUAUGGGCAGCCUCCCGUGCCCCCAGCCAACAUGGAGGAGCCCCGCGCCUUCCACCCCCCUGCGUUGUCCCCUCGAUUGCUGCACCCAGCAGCCCACCCCCAGCAGCAGAGUGCCGUGAUGGUGGAUCUGCACGACCAGCUACAGCAAGGCACCGUGCCGGUGUCCUACACGGUGACAGCGGUGCCUGCCCACGGCCUCCCCACGCCCCUGUGUACAGGCCAGCACAUCCCCACCUGCUCGUCCCAGCAGCCGGUGCCGGGCUGUUCGGUGGUCUUCAGCGGUCAGCACUACCCCGUAUGCAGCGUUCCUCCCCCCAUGCUGCCGGCAUGUUCAGUCCAGCACCUGCCCCUGCCUUACGCUUUCCCGUCCUUGAUCUCCAGCGACCCUCCUUUCCUGCUGCAUCCACCUCACCUACCCCACCAUGCAUCCCACCUACCCCCACCUGGGCAGUUUGUGCCCUUCCAGGCACAGCAGUCACGAUCACCGCUCCAGAGGAUCGAGAAUGAGGUGGAACUUCUCGGGGAGCACUUAUCAGUGGGCGGCAGCUUCAGCUACCCUCACUCAGCCCACCCCAGCGCCAUGCCUCCCUCUGCACCACUGCAGUUCCUUUCCCAUGACCCCCUGCCACAGGAGCUCUUUGGAGUGCCAUACCCUCACUUCAUGCCUCGACGGCUCACCAAUCGCCGCUACCGUUCCCAGCAGGCCGUGCAACCUCCUCCCUACCACCCCAGCUUUCUGCCAUACUUCCUCUCAAUGCUUCCAGUACAGCCCACUGUGGGGCCGACCAUCAGCCUGGACCUGGAAGUGGAUGACGGGGAGGUGGAGAACUACGAGGCCCUGUUGAACCUGGCUGAGCGCCUGGGGGAGGCCAAGCCCCGGGGGUUGACCAAAGUGGACAUUGAGCAGUUACCCUCCUACCGUUUCAAUCCCAACAACCACCAGUCGGAGCAGACGCUGUGUGUGGUCUGCAUGUGCGAUUUUGAGUCUCGACAACUGCUCCGCGUCCUUCCCUGCAACCAUGAGUUCCAUGCCAAGUGUGUGGACAAGUGGCUGAAGGGCAACAGAACCUGCCCCAUAUGUCGGGCGGAUGCGUCCGAAGUACAGCGAGACUCUGAGUGACCACCUGAUUGGCUCCAGCGUUUGUGUCUGCAGGAAGCCUCGUCCUUUCCUUUGUCCUUACCACCGCUUCACGUUUUUGCCCCCCACUUUUUUUUAAUAUACCUCCGCCCAGCCCCCUGCACCCAACCCACACACAUAAACUAAUUUCCAGUCAAUGGCUUUCUUUUUGCUCUGAGGAAAUGCAUUCAUUCAAUUUUACACUUCAGCUGGUGUCAACUAAAUUGUUAGUGGACACUUUGUGUGUGAAUAAUGUAAGUCAAUGCAGAGCUCUCUGUUUUCCAUGCAUUGUUUAGUUGGCUGCUGGGUUGUAUGUGGUUCACUUUUUUUUUUUUGUGUGUGUGUGUGUGUGUGUUUGACACUUCCUCUGAAGCAAUAUGUUUGCUGUGAAGACCGCCUUUUGGCAAUGCCAUUCUGUACUUUACACUGCCAUGUAUUCACCAUGAGAUUGGAGAGAAGAUAAAAUUCUAAGAGCCACUGAGUUUUAUAGGAACAAUGCAGUCAGUACUGCUACAGUUGAGUCUUAAGUCAUUUCUGUACCAAGACAUGUGAGCGAGAUUGAGAAUUUGUGCAGCUGACCAUCAGCCGCUUUCUCUCCUCCUCCCUGGUUAAAAAGGCUGAUUUUGGGACCAGUGGUUAGGAAAGUGGUAAGAGCUGCUAUGACCAGCCUCUGCAUACCUUCAACCUUGGUUUCUGUUUCAUUUUUCUAUUUUGGCUCUCACAAUUCACUCAGCAAAGGAAGGGUCCCUUUAAGGCUACUCUAAUGGAUUUUGGAACGCUUUCCAUGAGGUGUUGGGUUCCCUCUUUUUCUAUGGUGAAAUACCAUAAUUGAAUAAGUGCUUCAUUGCAUAGGAGCUGCUCUGAUGGUCACUGUCUUCCAGUUGCAGGCUAAAGUGCUAUGUUGGUGGUGUUGACCUGUUUAAAGCUUUGUGGGGCUGUGUUGGGCUAGGCUACACCUCAUUCUGUCUUCUGAUGACAUCCUGGGGAGCAGGACCCCACUUACCUGGCACUCGGUCCCAAAUCAGGGCGUGUUUUACAAAAAAUGCAGAUGGGGCGGCAUCACAACAAGAUGGCCGUUCUUUGAAAUCGUUGCUCCCAGAAGUGGAGCUGAAAUCAUGUGGCAGUUCAGAUUUUAUCAAGUUUUUGAUCAGUCCAUAUCUUGUCUAGACAAAGGCACAUAUUUGAAGUAUUUAGAAUGUUACUCACAAUUAUGGUUUACCACUAAAAGAGAAGCACAAAUUGUUCAGAAUGGUGUUUGCCAAUGCUUGUAGUUCUGUGUGUGUGUGUGUGUGUGUGUGUGUGUGUGUGUGUGUGUGUGGUCUUCGCAGGCCUGCCACACUUUGGUUGGGUGAGCAGUUAGGCUGCUCAGCAUGGGCACAGUUCUCCAAUACCAAGAUCUUCCUUCUACAGUGUUUUCCAUUCAGUAUCAGUUUGCCAUUUAAUGCUGCAUGUUUAAAAUGCAUACAGCCACUAGACGAAUCCCACUUAUUUUU